CUAGACUGCUUUUCAGUGUUUUUCCAUUUUGUUUAUCUUCUCUAUACUCCUUCCAUUCUCGGCAGUAUUCUUUGCCCUUCACUUCUGCCUCUUCAUGGUGUAGAGAUUCAUCUCCUUAAAUCUCUGCUCAAAAGCUGAAAUCUUUCGUCACUGCCGCUGAUUUUCUGAUCUGGGUUUUCUUUAUUUCCCCCCUUGGAUCAAGUUUUUCCCAACCUUGCACCCCCUACAAAAGCAUUCCGUUUUGCAUCCGUUAACGCAUUCAAGUAUUAAACCCCAAAAUCUGAUUGUUGGUAUCUUAAUUGGAUUUGGAGACGUGAGUUUGGAGUUGAAGAUGCAAGUAUUGGCAGUUUUGAGGGAGGUCUGCUUCAAUACGAUUCAUGUUCUGGUGCUUUCAUAUGGACAAGAGUAACAAGGCAGUUGUUUUUGUGAUAGAAAUUUAGCUCAGUAAAGUUUUCGGUUUUGGAGAAUGGGGAGAGGAAGAGGAAAGGGAAAGAAACAAUUGCUUCGUGAAGAUCUUGGAAGCGGUGAGGAAGAGAAGAUACCGCCAGUUAGGAGAAGAGGAAGACCGAUGAAACCGGUGAAGGAUGAUGUAGAGGAAGAAGAGGAUGAAGCGGAGAAGGUUGUAGAAGACGAAGAGGAUGAGGACAAUACGAAAAGCUCGAUAUUGAGCAAAGAUAUUAAGAACCAAGCUUCUGAGAAUGGAAAGAAGAGGAAACGGCCUUCACAAGUGAAGGAAAAUGGUGAUUUAGCGAAAGAGGAGAAUGGCCUAGGUAGUAAAACGAGCUCCAAUGAGUUGAAACGAUCGGUUGGGUUUAGACAGAAUGGGAGCCGAAGGAAAAAUAAGCCUAGGCGAGCAGCUGAAGUUGGGGUUGAGUGCAGAUGAUCUUUCUGUUGGCUAUUGAUAGCUCAGUCUAUGUUUGUUUAUAUUUGCUUCUCUAUGUUCUUUCGACAUACACUUUCAAUUUUGGAAACUUCAUUUAAAACAUUCCGAAGCAUUUAUUUUUGGUGAAUUUUUUUA